AGUACUGUCAAGAGGCUGGUGUGACAGAUGAGGUUUCGCGGGAUUAGCAGCGAAUUCAUCCAAUCUGUUUUUGUUUUCUCGAUUGGUAGGAUUAAGAUAACGACGAAAAUACGAACAAGUAUUGGUCGUUGAAAUCUAGUCUGCCUAUAUAUGGUCUCAAAUUCUGAAGCUUGCCUGGUUCAAUCUUAUUUCACUAUGGUGAAGCGAGGUUCAACCACUACCAAGCGUGGUAGGAAGCCAGCUGCUUCAGUUGAAAGCAAUAAUCAGCAAGCAAGUGAAACAAGUGUUCCUCAGCAGGAUGUGGCUAUCCCAAAAGAAACAUUAGCAAACAAAACAAAAAACUCUUUUCGGGGAAAACUUUCACAUACAAGCCCAAUUCAGGAUUCAAGCUCUCGAGACAAAAAAAUCACGGUUUAUUUUACCACAGUCAAACUGGAAGAAGCUUCAAAAGGAGAACACGCUGAGAUUGAAAAAGAAGUUGGGCAGGUAGCCAAAUCUUUAGCACUCCAACGUGUCUUUGGAAAACCAAAACGUCCAGAAAAAGCUGAUGCCAAUAGUUCUCCUCAUAAAAUCCUUUUGAAAGAAGAAACACAACAAUUGGUUAUUGAAUCUCAUGGGGUUUCUGAAAAAAUUUUGAAAGAAGAAAUUGCUAUUGACCAAUUAGUUAAAGAACCAAAAGUCAAAGCUAUGAAAGCUAAGCGCAAACUGAACGUAAAUCAAAGCCUCAAUCAGGAUGCGCCUCAAAAUCACAAGCUCACAGAAUACUUCGCUGUCCGGCGGAGCGUUCGCAAGCCCAAGACAGCUAUUUUGGAAGAAAAACAAAGAAAUCUAGAAGAGUCUGUCUUAUCGGGGAAAGAAGAGGGACUCCAAGUCCACAACUUCCCAGGAAAAGGGCGUGGAAUAGUAGCGACUCGGUUGUUUCGAAGAGGUGAAUUCGUAGUUGAAUAUUCUGGAGAUCUCAUUGAAAUGGCAGAAGCACGCGAAAGAGAGAAACUCUACGCUGCAGACCAAAACACGGGAUGUUACAUGUACUAUUUUCAACAUAAAAAUCAGUCAUACUGUGUCGACGCUACUUCGGAAUCUCAUCGUCUCGGUCGCCUCGUCAAUCACAGUCGAUCCGCUGGCAAUUUAAUGCCAAAAGUUAUUGAAAUCAAAGAUAGACCGCAUUUACUUUUGGUUGCCCGUUGUGACAUACUUCCAGGAGAGGAAUUAUUAUACGACUAUGGAGAUCGCAGUAGAGUUUCGCUGAAAUAUCAUCCAUGGCUUGCAUCUUAAAAUUCGACCAAGUGUUGUGGUGCAGUAAUUCAAGUUCCAACAAUUCUCAAAGGACCGCCCCCUUUUAGUUUUCUCCUCAAGUUCUCUAGUGUUGAUUUAAAGAGGAACAUCCCUACACACUUUGUACAAAUAUAUCAUUGCCUUUUUUUUGUCAUUAGCGUUGGAAUGUACUACUAUUAUUUGACAACAUGUAAACCGAUUGCUUGUGUUCACGUUCAAGUACGCGAAUCGACAUAACCAGAGUUGAAAGCUGCGUCGCUUUAAAUUCGUCUGCCAGGUUCGUGUUUUUUUAUAAUGAGAUUUCGUAAAACUAAAAUGCUAAUUUCCACUGCCAAAUGAAUUGAUCCAUUGAUUGCGUAAAAG